AUGUCUUCCUAUCAACAACAACAACAAGCUAGAGGACAACCAACAAAUCCCCUGGUUCAAUCCAAAGGAAAAGAACCAUUUGUAUUUCUAAAGGAUCCAAAUUCUAUUAAGGUGGAAGGAAGUACAUCUGUUGAAAAAGUAGCAAAAAUUGGACGAUAUAUGUAUCAAUGGCAAAGUGAUAACAUGUAUGAAUUACAACCCGAAGACAAUGUUGCAAGAAUGAGAUUGGCUGCAAUUAAUUCUAAUAAUAUUUUGAAAUCCCUCUCUGUUGCUACUCUUGUUUCAUGGGUUGCUACAGCUGGUCAUAGAAAGGGAAUGUACUAUUAUCCCCUCCGUGCCUACAUCAUCAAGAAUAUUUGUAAAAUUAGGCCUUGGCGUACAUUGAAUCCAUUCGCUUCAUUUGCCGUUCAAGCAGGUAUUUUCGCCUAUGCUCUUGGAUAUAUUGGAAACAAGAGAAUGGAAACUUAUACAUAUACUUUCUCUCAAGUACAAACACCAUAUGGUUAUCAACUUAGAAAGCUUUUGGCACAAGUUGAUGAUCCAAAACAUAGAUACAGUCCAGGUGAUUUGACUUCUGCUCGUGAUUAUGAUGCGGAUUUUGAAAGAAAGGUUGCUGACUUAAUUAACAAACCAGCACAUCAAGCCAACACUGAUGCUGAACAUCGUGGUGAAAAUUCAUCUCAACAACAAGAAAAGACCACAGUCAUUCCACCAAGAUACCAAAGAAAACCAAGAAUUAACAGAGCAAGUUAUUCAUGGGAAGAAAAACCAGUGAAACAUGAGGAUGAUAUUCACAAUAAUGAUCAACAUUAUGACGAUGAACACAAGGAAGAUGAUGACCGUCACUAGAUGAAUCAAAAGUACUUGAAAAAUUUUACACCAUUUACCGAGGUGUUUGUACAAAGAUUUAGGAAGGGUUAAUAUAAUUGCCAAGGUGAAUUCAAAUUAAUUGUUUUCACUAUCAGCACACACAUUUUAAAUUGCUAGAGAGGAGUUGUUUCCAACGUAAUUACCACAUGUUCAAACAUUUUUCAGACUAAACUUAUGUUGAUAAGAAAAAUAAAACCUUUCAACAUUUUC